AUGGGGGUGUGGAGGAAGGAGAUGGGGGUGUGGAGGAAGGAGAUGGGGGUGUGGAGGAAGGAGAUGGGGGUGUGGAGGAAGGAGAUGGGGGGGUGUGGAGGAAGGAGAUGGGGGGUGUGGAGGAAGGAGAUGGGGGUGUGGAGGAAGGAGAUGGGGGUGUGGAGGAAGAGGAGAUGGGGUGUGGAGGAAGGAGAUGGGGUGUGGAGGAAGAGAGGAGAUGGGGGUGUGGAGGAAGGAGAUGGGGGUGUGGAGGAAGGAGAUGGGGGUGUGGAGGAAGGAGAUGGGGGUGUGGUGUGGAGGAAGGAGAUGGGGGUGUGGAGGAAGGAGAUGGGGGUGUGGAGGAAGGAGAUGGGGGUGUGGAGGAAGGAGAUGGGGGUGUGGAGGAAGGAGAUGGGGGUGUGGAGAGGAAGGAGAUGGGGGUUGUGGAGGAAGGAGAUGGGGUGUGGAGGAAGGAGAUGGGGGUGUGGAGGAAGGAGAUGGGGGUGUGGAGGAAGGAGAUGGGGUGUGGAGGAAGGAGAUGGGGGUGUGGAGGAAGGAGAUGGGGGUGUGGAGGAAGGAGAUGGGGGUGUGGAGGAAGGAGAUGGGGGGUGUGGAGGAAGGAGAUGGGGUGUGGAGGAAGGAGAUGGGGGUGUGGAGGGGAAGGAGAUGGGGGUGGGUGGAGGAAGGAGAUGGGGGUGUGGAGGAAGGAGAUGGGGGUGUGGAGGAAGGAGAUGGGGUGUGUGGAGGAAGGAGAUGGGGGUGUGGAGGAAGGAGAUGGGGGUGUGGAGGAAGGAGAUGGGGGUGUGGAGGAAGGAGAUGGGGGUGUGGAGGAAGGAGAUGGGGGUGUGGAGGAAGGAGAUGGGGGUGUGGAGGAAGGAGAUGGGGUGUGGAGGAAGGAGAUGGGGGUGUGGAGGAAGGAGAUGGGGGUGUGGAGGAAGGAGAUGGGGUGUGGAGGAAGGAGAUGGGGGUGUGGAGGAAGGAGAUGGGGGUGUGGAGGAAGGAGAUGGGGGUGUGGAGGAAGGAGAUGGGGGUGUGGAGGAAGGAGAUGGGGGUGUGGAGGAAGGAGAUGGGGGUGUGGAGGAAGGAGAUGGGGGUGUGGAGGAAGGAGAUGGGGGUGUGGAGGAAGGAGAUGGGGGUGUGGAGGAAGGAGAUGGGGGUGUGGAGGAAGGAGAUGGGGGUGUGGAGGAAGGAGAUGGGGGUGUGGAGGAAGGAGAUGGGGGUGUGGAGGAAGGAGAUGGGGGUGUGGAGGAAGGAGAUGGGGGUGUGGAGGAAGGAGAUGGGGGUGUGGAGGAAGGAGAUGGGGGUGUGGAGGAAGGAGAUGGGGGUGUGGAGGAAGGAGACGGCACAAGGAAGGGAGAAUGA